AUGGACUCGACGCCGCGGCACCCAAAUCGUUUCAAUGACCCCAUCCCUUCAUCUUCGCCUGCAUUUGCGACGCCAGCGCGUCCUUUCCGACUGCAAAAGGGAAACGCACCGCCGAAAACCUCGAUUUUGCCAAUCCUUCUCCCUCCGUCGACUCUGCGUCCCGUCGCCUUUCGAACAUUCACCCGCAAGCACAAUCUGACAAUAUCCUCCUCCGCACUUCAAACCUUAGCUGUCUUUGUAGGCAAGAACUGUGGUUCAGGAUGGCGCGAGGAAGGCCUGGCAGAACGGGUCCUGGACGAGGUAGCGAAGAUCUGGAAAAGAGCCGGCGGAGGUGUGAUUGUGGAGGAAGGGAAAGGUGCAUCCUUGAAGACUAUACUGCAUACCCUCGAGGGCAGCAUGAGCGGUGGAAGGGUUGUUGCCGGUAAAGCGCAAGACGGCAAACCCUCAGCCCUAGGCAUGGACGAUGGUCAGAUGGACACCACCGAGUCAUUGGCAAAUCCCACCAACGAAGAGGAAGAUGCGCAGUUGUCGCUUCAUCCUCGUCACUGGCUGAAGGUGGUUGAUGCCUUUGACCUCCCACGCUUGACAUACAAUGUCGACAAGAAGUACUUCGAGGCCCUCAAGUCCAAGCCCUCGUUAUUUCCCUCGCCAGCUCACAAAACUGCCCUCUUUCGAGACCGAUACAAUCUCGUUUACCAGCGAUUGCUGCGCAAUGAAGCUUUUCAGAGCUCAUUGGGCUCUACCGCAGUGCCCUCGCUGCAGCGCUCAUCUUCAAACCUGGCGCAGCGCCAGUCCUAUAAAUUAACGCCCAUUGCCAAUCUGCUGGGUAGAACGGGAACAUCACAUCUACUUCUGGGAUUGCUUUCAAUCUCUGCUACCGGCGAUCUAUCUCUUGUCGACCUGUCCGGAAGUGUGGCGUUGGACUUAAGCCAUGCUCGAAUGAUUCCCGAGGAUGGCGCAUGGUUCGCGCCAGGUAUGAUUGUGCUCGUGGAUGGUAUCUAUGAAGAAGAGGAGAUGGUUCAAGGCGCAGCGCUGGGUGGAAAUACAGGCAUUGGAGGUGCAAUCGGUGGCCAAUUCGUCGGUUUAUCAAUCUGUGGACCUCCGUGUGAACGACGGGAUAUCUCGCUGGGCACAAGCAACCGUCAUGAUAGCGGGCAGAUGAGUUCCAGUGGCGGAUUUGGGUGGGUUGACUUCCUGGGAUUGGGAAGUGAACGUGCUCAAGGUGCGCGCAUGAGAAGAAUUCAAGAGAAAUGCCUCCAAAAGGACCUUGAGGCCACGGAAACCUCACCAAGGCUCAAGGUUGCUAUCUUGAGUGAAGUCAAUUUGGAUAACAUGAAGACAUUGGACGCACUGAAAAAGGUCUUCAGCACCUACAAUGAUCUUGCGCUUCGGGAACGCCCACAGGCAUUUAUCCUUAUCGGCAACUUCGUGCAGAGGGCGAUUAUCAGUGGUGGUGGACGAGCUGGAAGUAUCGAGUACAAGGAAUAUUUCGAUUCUUUAGCACUGGUGCUAUCAGACUUCCCAGCCUUGCUACAACACUCGACCUUUGUCUUCGUGCCCGGCGACAAUGACCCGUGGGCAUCAGCUUUCUCUGCUGGUGCAGCGUCAACAGUGCCCCGACAGUCGAUUCCAGAUCUUUUUACCUCCCGAGUGAGACGUGCCUUUGCCACUGCCAACUCAGAGCUUGGAGCUCAGCACACCGAACCAGCAGGCGAGGCCGUAUGGACCUCAAACCCAGCACGUCUGUCCUGGUUCGGGCCUGUGCAUGACAUCGCCGUGUUCCGCGAUGACAUGUCCGGACGAUUGAGGCGCAGCGCCGUCAACACCACGCUUGACAGCCAAGACCCAGACACCACAAUGCAAGAUCCUUCCAGCAGCGCUGCGACCUUCGCCGAAGGCAACAGCCAGAUAGACGAUCUGGGCCAGCAAGAAAACAGCAAGGCAACCGCUGAAUCUGGAGCGACGAUGGCCCGCCGACUCGUCAAGACGAUUCUGGAUCAAGGGACCGUUUCGCCAUUCCCAUUGCCAUUGCGACCUGUUUUGUGGGAUCAUGCAUCGGCUCUGCAAUUGUAUCCGUUGCCAACUGCCCUGGUGCUUGCUGACCCCGAGGCUGCUCCGUUCUGCAUGACAUAUGAGGGAUGCCAUGUCAUGAACCCCGGGCGCUUGGUACCGGAGGGUGGCACACCGACAGCGAGAUGGAUCGAGUUUGAUGUGUUGCGCAACCGAGGCAAGAUAAGAGAAGAGCGCUGUUAG